AAUCCCGUCAUCUAGCGAUAUUCAGUCAUCUGGCUGCCUAACGGGUUUCCCGCCGAAUAAAUACCACCCAUUUUGGCCGAUAAUAACUCGAAGAAUACAACGCCAAAUCAAUAUUUAACCUCGAUGGCCGAAAAUAAUACAAUCUACUGGACCGAAUCCAGUUUUGGCCCCACAGACAGUGAUCGAUUUGACUUCACGCCCCUCUUCGAAAAUACUAUUUUGUCGAUUCUGCCCUCCGUCAUUUUUGUGAUUCUGACGCCCCAGCGCCUACUGUGGUUGACGAGACAGCCGCGCAAAGUUAAUAAAAACUGGCGCUCGUUUUUCAAGCUGGGAGUGAUCACUGUGUACAACAUCCUGCAACUCAGUGUCCUGCUGUACUGGACGGCAGGACCACUAAAAACCACCAAAGCUCAGAUUGCAGCCGCAGCUCUAGCUUUAGUUAGUGGUGUUGUGCUUUUAGGUUUAUCCUACACCGAGCAUACUCGCUCGGUGAGACCAUCAACACUCAUCGACGUUUACUUGCUAUUUACUCUAAUUUUCGAUUGCGCUAUUGUGAGAACUUCAUGGACUCUCCAGGGAAGGGGCAUAGUGGCGAAGCUGCUGACUUCUACCGUUGCAAUUAAAUGUCUCAUCCUUGUAAUGGAAGGAUGGGAGAAAAGGGGGAUUCUCUACCCGCAGUACAGGUGCCUUUCUCCAGAGGCGACAAGUGGGAUAUACAGCCGUAGCAUUUUUUGGUGGCUCAAUCCGCUGAUGAAGAUUGGUUUUGACCGGUUCAUCACAUAUCAGGAUCUGUAUCCUAUUGAUGAUAAUUUGGCUGCGAAGAGCCUACUGACUAAAAUAGAGAAUGCUUGGAACUCAGCCAAUCAAGCAAAGAAUAAUUCACUUUUUUGGUUGACUCUGUGGACCACCAAGUCCGCAUUUAUAUCAGGCAUCUUUGCCCGUGUCUGCCUAAUAGCCUUCAAAUAUACCCAGCCAUUUCUUAUCGAACGUACAGUCGGGUUCGGUAGUGACCUGUCUCAACCGGAAAGCAUUGGCUGGGGGUUAACGGGCGCAUGGUUUUUGGUCUUCGUUGGACUGGCAAUCUCCACUGGAGCGUUUUACCAUGCCACAUAUCGAUUAGUUACGUCAGUCAGAGGUAGCCUGGUCAGCCUGGUAUACUCUAAGACAUUAGACCUCAGUGUCACAGCACUAGAUGAGUCAGUUGCAGUGACACUCAUGUCUACUGAUUCGGAGAAUAUUUGCCAGGGUUUUGCAAAUUUACAUGAGGUCUGGGCGGCCCCGGUAGAGUGUGCAGUAGCUCUUUUUCUGCUGUACAGGCAGCUCGAAAUGGCCUUCUUGGCCCCUAUGGUAGUGGCAAUAAUUGCUACCUUUGGGAUAAUGGGUCUCGCAAAAUAUAUGGGAAACGCUCAAAAGACAUGGGUUCGUGCAAUUCAAACUCGUGUCGAUGUCACGGCAUCUAUGCUCGCUUCAAUGAAGGAAGUCAAAAUGCUUGGCCUUACGGACACAUUAACUGAGAAGGUUCAAAAUCUACGCGUGAGCGAGUUAAGAUUCUCAAAAUGGGCCCGAAAACUGUUGUGUCUCCGAGUGUUGCUUGGAUCUAGCUUAAGGACGAUUGCACCACUGGCUACAUUUGCGACCUUCGUAAUACUUUCGAAUAGCACAGGAAAACCCUUGGACACUGCAUCGGCAUAUUCCUCACUCUCCCUCAUAUAUCUGCUCGCGGACCCAAUGGCUACCAUGAUCCGGACCAUACCAAUGAUUAGCACGGCAAUGGCCUGCUUCGACCGCAUCCAGGCCUUCCUUCUAUCUGAAAGUUGCAAAGAUCACCGACUUCCUUUGAGCGAAAGCAGCUCAAACUUGGGUAGUGUGCAUUCCAAACCCACUGCGCCGAAUACUGCUACCAAUUUAGUCGAGCUGCGGCCUCUAGCAGAUGCAAGAGGCUUACGCUUCGGUGAUCCGCUGAUGAUAAUCACAAAUGCUUGCUUUGGAUGGACUGAUUCAGAGCCAAAAGUCCUGGACGAUAUCUCUUGUACAAUACGAAAGGGCCAGUUCACUUUUAUCGUGGGCAGUGUGGGGUCGGGAAAAAGUAGCCUCGUGAAGCUGAUGCUUGGAGAGAUCCGGCCAUCCAAGGGGUUUGUGUACACUGGUAUCCAGGACAUAGCCUAUGCCGGUCAAACGCCUUGGAUACAGAACAUGACCCUACGGGCCAACAUAAUAGGCGUUUCUAGUUACGACGAUGCCUGGUAUAACAAGGUCGCUCAAGCAUGCGCGCUUGAAAAAGACAUCAUGGACCUUCCCAAUGGAGACUACACAAAGGUAGGCACUGGAGGAGUUUCGCUGAGUGGUGGGCAGAAACAACGACUAGCGCUUGCAAGAGUGGUAUAUUCGAAGAAAGAGAUUGUGUUCUUGGACGAUGUUUUCGCCGGCCAGGAUGCCGCCACCGAGGAGCAUAUUCACCAAAUGCUCUUUGCGAACAGGGGCCUGUUCCGACAGAUGGGAACGACGGUUGUCUGUAUCACUAACGCAAUUCAUCGACUGUCUCAUGCGGACCAUGUAAUUGCCUUAAGUGAUAGGGGUCGCGUCUUGCACCAGGGAUCUUUCGAAAAGCUUCAGACAGAUACUGAUUUUUUCGAAGAUUUGAACGUCAAGCAAAAUGGAACCUUGAACGCUGACAGUGACCUCGCUAUGUCUAGCACAUCACAAUCCGGAAUUACUAGACCGCACGCAGUGGACGAAGAGGUCGAAUCUUCUAAGCGCAUGUUUGGAGAGCUUGCCAUAUACGGUUAUUAUUUCGGUUCCAUGCCGGCAUGGCACUCGUUGCUUCUUGUUGCAAUGGUUAUACUGCAUGGUGGUGGCUAUAAGAUGACGGAACUGCUGCUCAGCUUCUGGACAGGCCAUGCAGUCAUUGCCAACGAAACAACCAACAACUUUUAUGUCGGACUUUACGGAUUGCUUUCUGGUCUGGCAGUUCUGGGGAUCAUUGGAGCUGCAGUUUUAUUUCUCAUUUUUAUGGUGCCGCACAGCUCUGAGGUUCUCCACGCUCGAUUAUUGAAAACCGUCAUGGAAGCGCCUUUGUCUUUUUUCACCCGGACGGAUAUCGGGGUCACGACUAACCGGUUCAGUCAGGACAUGUCUGUAGUUGACACAGAAUUACCAUUUGCCUUGAUUGAUUUAUGUCUGAACUUGGCCAUUGCACUCUUUGCCGCGGUGCUCAUGUGUGUCUUCUCUGGCUAUUUUGCAGCGAUUUUCCCUUUUGUUCUGUUCCUCUGUUGGCUCCUUCAGAAAUUCUAUCUCCGGACAUCACGCCAGGUCCGAGUCCUCGAUCUGGAAGCGAAAUCCCCACUAUUCACGCAGUUCCUCGAGACCCUCCUAGGACUGUCAACCGUGAGAGCGUUUGGUUGGGAGAGGAACUUUCAAGAGAACCACCUCGAGCUUUUAGACGCAUCUCAACGCCCUUAUUAUUUGCUUUUUUGCAUUCAACGCUGGCUAGCACUCGUGCUGGAUCUCAUGGUUGCUGCCAUGGCUACGAUUCUGAUGGUGUUGGUCGUGAAGCUAAGAUCGCAGUUUGCUCCGCAAUUUGUGGGAUUGGCGCUCCUUAACGUGACAUCAUUUAAUGAAUCCCUAGCUUUGAUUAUCAAAGGCUGGACGAUGCUAGAAACGUCAUUCGGUGCCAUCGCGCGUCUGAAGCAAUUCUGCGGAGAGACUGAGACCGAGAACCUGCCUUUGGAGGUGUCACCCGUGCCCGAGGGCUGGCCGUUACAUGGCCAUAUAUCUAUUAAAAACAUGACCGCCUCCUACAGUCCAGCAUCCGAGCCAGUUCUGCAUAGCAUCGACCUGGACAUCCCUGCCGGCUUCAAAGUCGGAAUCUGUGGCCGCAGUGGUAGUGGCAAGAGCUCUCUCAUAGCCUGUCUUCUCCGAAUGAUUGAGCUUUCUCCAGAAUCAAGCAUCAAGAUCGACGGAAUUGACAUCGCGACACUCCCACGCCAGGCCGUCCGAUCCAUGGUUGCAGUUGUACCACAGCAUCCAUUCUUCUUGAAACAGACCAGCGUUCGAGAAAAUCUCACCUUGCAGGGGCAGCGAAACGACGAAGAGAUCCACACCGUCCUACGUCGUUUGAAACUAGAAGAUCUGGUGAAAAGCAUGGGUGGACUCGACGCUGUGCUAGAUGUUGAGCGACUCUCUCAGGGCCAAUGCCAGUUUUUCUGCCUCGCCAGAGCCAUGUUAAGUAAUAAGAAAAUCAUCCUUCUCGACGAGGCGAGCAGCAACGUGGAUGAAAAGUCCGAGAUGUUGAUUCGGAAGGCUGUUCGUGAGCAAUUCGCUGGAUGCACCGUGAUCGCAAUCGCCCAUCGACUAGGCGCUGUGGUGGACUUUGACCGGGUCGUCGUGAUGGAUUCUGGCCGGAUCAUCGAAUGGGAUGAACCUGGGGCCUUGCUGCAGCGUGAUAGUUAUUUUAAGCGGCUUUGGGAUCUAGGGUCUGGAUAGUUGUGGGGACCAUUGUGUUUAUAGGAUGAGUU